AUGGCCUCUCUCGUGGCCACCGCCGCCCUGACCGCCAUGGCGCGCACGCUGCCAAUCGGCGAGGUACUCUCGGGCAUCUUUGGAAGCAUCAGCUUGACGGCGUGGAUAUGUCUCCUGAUUCCGCAGCUGCUGGCCAACUACAAGGCCAAGAACGCCGAUGGACUGAGCAUGACAUUUUUAGUAGUCUGGCUCAUGGGCGACGUUUCGAACCUGGUCGGGGCACUACUCACCCGCCUGGCCCCAACUGCGAUAGCGCUGGCCAUCUAUUUCUGCAUCCUGGACGCCGUCCUCAUCAGUCAGUGCCUCUACUACAACACCGUCAACGCGCGACGGCUCGCGAGGGAGGAGGCAGCUGCUCAAGCCGGCGCUUCUGAGGCGUCGCCGCUUCUGCACAGGCGACGCAGCUCGUCCAUCGGCCUGCCCGGCUCUCACCGCCGCCGCUCCACGCACCACGAGUCGUCGAUGGAGCCCAUCAGGAAGAUUGUGACGGGCGAGGACGAGACGCAAGACAGCAAGCCGUGGCUCCACAACACCCUGGGCCUGCUGGCCGUCUACGUCGUCGGAUUCGCGGGCUGGUUCGUCUCGUACAAGGCCGGGGCCUGGGACGGCGACGGUCCGGGGCUUCCCGAAUCGCCCGACGGGAAGACGCAGCCGCUCCAGAUUCUCGGUCUCUUGCUCGGAUAUGCCAGCGCGGCAUUCUACCUCUGCGCCCGGAUUCCGCAGAUUUACAAAAACUUCAAGGAAAAGUCGUGCGAGGGCUUGUCUCUCCUCUUCUUCCUCCUCUCCCUGACGGGCAACCUUACCUACGGCAUCAGCCUCAUCGCCUAUUCGCAGAGAAAGGACGAUCUGCUCAACGCUCUUCCGUGGCUGCUGGGCUCUCUCGGCACCAUGGUGGAAGACGCCACCAUCUUUGUCCAGUUCCGCAUGUAUCGCGACAACCACCGCAGUGCCACCGUGGAGGCAUGA